CAUAAUCAUGAAAAUAUAUGCGUAUAGGGUGGUCUCCAAAAAAUACAAAUGUUUUGUUCAGAAACGUUGGAAUGCUUAUCUCAGUAGAUGCACAGGCUGAAAGAAAGCUUCCGCACAGUUUACUAAAGGAAAAUGCCGAAGACCUUAGAUUUUUGGAAAAGCUCAAUAGCCAGCAUGAAAAACUCAGUCCUAAUAUGUGUUCCACUGUUAGUGAAGUAUUGGAUUAUCUAAACAACCGUAAAACUUUCUGGGAUCAGCAUGGGCCAAAAGAAAAAAGGAAGAAAGAAGAAGUCCAAAUUUACCAAGUUGCUUGUUCUGACAAUUCUAAAUUUUAAAUCAUGUUACCAAUAUCAAUUCACUUAAUGCACUUAAACUUAAUUUGAUUAAUUACAAUAUCAUUUCUUUGUAUCGAAUUAUAAAAUUUUAUUUGCCCUUUAAUUUAAUUCAUUUUUUUCAAACUCUGUA